AUGAAAACUAAAGAAGAACAUUUGGUGAAUGAUAAACUUCUUACAGAAUUCAUACCCUAUCGUGAAGCCGUUGGAAGUCUGCUGUACUUAUCUACAAUAUCUCGUCCAGACAUAAGUAUUGCUGUAAAUUAUUUGAGUCGUUAUUGCAACAAACCUAUGCAAAGUCAUUGGAAAUUAGUCAAACGUGUAUUUCAAUAUCUAAAGGGUACAAUUAUGAAUGAAAUUUCCUUUAAUCGGGAUGAUAAAAUUUUUGCUUAUAGUGAUGCUGAUUGUGCUGGUGAACCUGUCACACAUAUUUUAACCAGUGGUGUACUCAUUUUAAGAGGAGGUCCAAUUGUCUGGUUUACACAAAAACAAAGCCUUGUAACCAAGUCAACAUCUGAGGCUGAAUAUCGAGGUGCAAUUUCGUCUAUUGAUGACAUUUGUUGGAUUCGUAGAAUAGGAAAUGAACUAGGUUUUGUAAAUCCAGAGGAGUCUACUACAUUGUUUGUCGACAACAAGUCAUUGAUACAUAUGCUACAGAAUGUUCAUGAAGGAAAAUCAAUUAAGGGUAAAAAGCAUAUUGAAAUAAAGAGAAAAUUUAUUCAACAACAUAUUGGUCAAACCAUUGAAGUGAAACAUGUCAGAAGCUGUGAUCAAUUAGCAGACAUUUUGACCAAACCUUUGACUGCUAAACCUUUUGUAAAUAUUUGUAAUAAAAUAAUCAAGGUGGAGUGUUGA